GCGCCUAGCGUCCCUAGUAUAAAAGUCGUAAAGAAAAGGCCGGCGGUAGAGAGCGAGCACAAACAAACACACGAGCAGGCGCCGCGCGGCGCUCACUCACCCGCAGAUCUCUCGCCCGGCCCUCUCGAUCCACCUGAGUUUCCCGACGGCCGCACCGAUCUGACGGUGGCGGCGGCAGAGGAGGCCUCUAGGGCUAGAGUUUUGGCGUGAUGCAGCGGUCUGGGCGGGGUCUGCAGCGGUCGGGUUCGAAGCGUGUGCUCGACCCCACCAACGGCACUGGCGGCGGCGGCGGCGACGACGACCAUGCGGCCAAACGGCCUCGCGUGCCCGCCCUUGCAAGUGUCAUUGUGGAAGCACUAAAAGUCGACAGUCUGCAGAAGCUUUGUUCAUCGCUGGAGCCUAUUCUUCGAAGAGUUGUAAGCGAAGAGGUAGAGCGUGCUUUGGCCAAGUUGGGUCCUGCUAGAAUUGAAGGAAGGUCCUCUCCCAAAAGAAUAGAAGGCCCUGAUGGGACAAAUCUUCAGCUUCAAUUUAGAAGCAGGUUGUCUCUCCCACUCUUUACUGGUGGAAAAGUAGAAGGCGAGCAGGGGGCAGCUAUACAUGUUGUGCUGCUGGAUACCAACACUGGUUGUGUUGUCACUUCGGGACCUGAAUCAUGUGCAAAGCUGGAUGUUCUUGUGCUUGAGGGUGACUUCAAUAAAGAGGAAGAUGAGGGUUGGACAGAAGAGGAGUUUGAAGGCCAUAUUGUCAAGGAGCGCGAAGGGAAAAGACCUCUCUUGACUGGUGACCUUCAGGUGACUCUUAAAGAAGGUGUUGGAACCAUAGGGGAGCUUAUCUUCACUGACAACUCCAGCUGGAUAAGAAGCAGGAAAUUCAGACUUGGGCUCAGGGUUGCCUCUGUUUUUUCUGAAGGUAUUCGUGUUAGGGAGGCGAAGACAGAAGCUUUUACUGUUAAGGAUCAUAGAGGGGAAUUGUACAAAAAACACUACCCUCCUGCUUUGAAGGAUGAUGUUUGGAGAUUAGAGAAGGUUGGCAAGGAUGGUGCAUUCCACAAGAAGUUAAAUGGAAGCGGAAUCUAUACAGUUGAAGAUUUUCUUCGGCUUCUUGUUAGGGAUCAACAGAGGUUGCGAAGUAUUCUUGGCAGUGGCAUGUCAAAUAAGAUGUGGGAAAGCCUUGUUGAGCAUGCAAAGACUUGUGUCUUAGGUGGAAAGCAUUAUAUUUAUUAUGUGAAUGAUUCAAGAAAUGUCGGUGCAAUAUUCAAUAACAUAUAUGAGUUCACUGGCUUGAUUGCUGAUGAUCAGUUCAUUUCAGCUGAAAAUCUCACGGACAACCAGAAGGUCUAUGCUGACACGUUGGUAAAGAAAGCAUAUGAGGAUUGGAUGCAUGCUGUAGAAUAUGAUGGUAAGGCACUUAUUGGCUUCAAGCAGAAAAAGAAAUCUGUCACGACCAGAAGUGAUACCGCAUCAGCUUCAACAAGUAAGCCUGCUUUGUAUGGUUUCGUCAAUGCACAAAAACAGUUACUGCCAGGAAAAGCUGGCCAAACUUCAACAGACACUCCGAGUGAAGCAGCUGGAGUAAGAAGCACAUAUAAUGGAAAUCUGGCAGCAAGAAACACUGUGAGUCCUCAGAAUAACGCUGCAAACAUUACCAUGCAAUAUGAGAGGGGUGCACUGUCACCUGAAAGCCAGUUCAGUGGGUCCUCCCUUCAGACUCAAACUUCUGGAGGCUCCAAUAUUUUGGCAUUGGAACCUGCACAGCAGCAGCAACAGGGUUUUGAAUUCUCAGCAGUUGGUCAGUCCAUGCAGCCUGCAGACCUGGACCCUUUCGAUCAAUGGUCACAGCCGCAAGAGAACCGUGCGGUUGAUGACUACUUGAUGGAGGAGAUCAGGUUGAGGAGCCAUGAGAUACUUGAGAAUGACGAAAUGCAACAGAUGCUGCGAAUUUUGAAUAUGGGUGGAGUAUCUACCAACAUGAAUGAUGAUGGCUUCACUUUUCCGCAGUACAUGCAGUCACCUUCCCCGAACUUCAACUUUGAGGUUGACCGCACUCGUCCACCUGGGAAAGCUGUUGUUGGUUGGCUUAAAAUCAAGGCAGCUAUGAGGUGGGGCAUCUUCGUCAGGAAGAAAGCGGCCGAGCGAAGAGCUCAGCUCGUUGAGCUAGAUGAUGACUAGCAACAUGUCUUAAGUUCUUAAAUGCUGUCCGUGUAAUUGUUUAAGGAUCCGUACCGCAUGGGCUCAGCAAUGCACCAUGGGAAGACAUUCAGGUCAUGAGUUCUUAAUCAUGGACGAACUCCUGUUUAGUUUAUGUUUUUCUUUUUCUGUAUAGUUUCACCAUUGUCUAUGCAUUUGUUUGUUUAGCGUGAUGUUGAUAAGACCCUUUUACCUAAACUGUGUACAUUUAUUUGUUGCAAUCUCAGAAAAGGCAUUAAAGUAUUC